CAGGAUGAUAUACUACCCAGAUGUCGUAUCUUCAUGCAUCAUAGCAGGAGGCAACACGAUGUCACUUUGUCCCUUUGUUGAUGGCGACUGCAGCCAGGAUGGGCCGGAAGGUGACCGUGGCCACCUGCGCGCUCAACCAGUGGGCCCUGGACUUCGAGGGCAAUUUGCAAAGGAUUUUAAAGAGUAUUGAAAUUGCCAAACACAAAGGAGCAAGAUACAGGCUUGGACCAGAACUGGAAAUAUGUGGCUACGGAUGUUGGGAUCAUUAUUACGAGUCGGACACGCUCCUGCAUUCGCUCCAGGUCCUGGCUGCCCUUUUGGAAUCUCCAGUCACUCAGGAUAUCAUCUGUGAUGUGGGAAUGCCCAUAAUGCACCGAAACGUCCGCUACAACUGCAGGGUGAUAUUUCUCAACGGGAAGAUCCUGCUCAUCAGACCCAAAAUGGCCUUGGCCAAUGAAGGCAACUACCGAGAGCUGCGCUGGUUUACCCCGUGGUCCAGGAGUCGGCAAACAGAGGAAUAUUUUCUCCCCCGGAUGAUACAGGACCUGACAGAGCAGGAAUCCGUGCCCUUUGGGGAUGCUGUCCUCUCCACCCGGGACACGUGCAUCGGGAGUGAGGUCUGCGAGGAGCUCUGGACACCCCACAGCCCACACGUGGACAUGGGCCUGGACGGCGUGGAGAUCUUCACCAAUGCCUCAGGCAGCCACCACGUGCUGCGCAAAGCCCACGCCAGGGUGGACCUGGUGACCACGGCCACCACCAAGAACGGCGGGAUUUACUUGCUGGCCAAUCAGAAGGGCUGUGACGGGGACCGGCUGUACUACGACGGCUGUGCCCUGAUUGCCAUGAAUGGCGGCAUCUUUGCCCAGGGAUCCCAGUUCUCUCUGGACGACGUGGAAGUCCUCACCGCCACGUUGGAUUUGGAGGACGUCAGAAGCUACAGGGCAGAGAUUUCAUCUCGAAACCUGGCGUCAUCCCAGGGGCCUGUACGGGUACCAGCGCUGAGGGCUUGUCCUUCCCAGGCCAGCAGGGUGAGCCCCUACCCCCGCGUGAAGGUGGACUUCGCCCUGUCCCGCGACGAGGACCUGCUGGAGCCGCUCUCUGAGCCCGUUGAGUGGAAAUACCACAGUCCCGCCGAGGAGAUCAGCCUCGGACCUGCGUGCUGGCUCUGGGAUUUUCUAAGACGUAGCCAACAGGCGGGGUUCUUCCUGCCCCUGAGCGGCGGGGUGGACAGCGGGGCCACCGCCUGUCUCGUCUACUCCAUGUGCCACCAGGUCUGCGAGGCUGUGAAGCACGGAAGUCAGGAAGUGCUGGCCGACGUCCGGACCAUUGUGAACCAGACCAGCUACACCCCCCAGGACCCCCGGGAGCUCUGCAGCCGCAUCCUGACCACCUGCUACAUGGCCAGCGAGAACUCCUCCCGGGAGACGUGCAACAGAGCCGGAGAUCUCGCGCAGCAGAUCGGAAGCCACCACAUCGGUCUCAACAUCGACCCGGCCGUGAAGGCCAUCAUGGGUAUCUUCAGCCUGGUGACGGGUAAAAGCCCUGCGUUUUCAGCUCACGGAGGAAGCAGCCGGGAGAGCCUGGCCCUGCAGAACGUACAGGCGCGGGUGAGGAUGGUCAUUGCCUACCUCUUCGCUCAGCUGAGCCUCUGGUCCCGGGGCGCCCCAGGCAGACUUCUCGUGCUUGGAUCUGCCAACGUGGAUGAGAGCCUCCUCGGCUACCUGACCAAGUACGACUGCUCCAGCGCAGACAUCAACCCCAUUGGCGGGGUCAGCAAGACGGACCUGAGAGCCUUCGUCCAGCUCUGCAUGGAGCGCUUCCGGCUUCCCGCCCUGCAGAGCAUCCUGGUAGCGCCGGCCACGGCCGAGCUGGAGCCCUUGGCCCACGGACGGGUGUCCCAGACGGACGAGGAAGACAUGGGAGUGACCUACGCGGAGCUGUCGGUCUACGGGAGGCUCCGGAAGAUCGCCAAGAUGGGGCCCUACAGCAUGUUCUGCAAACUCCUCUACGUGUGGAAGGACGUCUGCACCCCCAGACAGGUGGCCGACAAAGUGAAGCGGUUCUUCUCGAAGUAUUCCGUGAAUAGACACAAAAUGACCACACUGACCCCCGCGUAUCACGCCGAGAGCUACAGCCCAGACGACAACAGGUUCGAUCUGCGGCCGUUUCUGUACAACACCCGCUGGCCUUGGCAGUUCCGCUGCAUAGAAACUCAGGUUCUGCAGCUGGAGAGAAGACAGCGUCAGGACCUGGACGGCGUGGACUGAGCCCGGGCCCUGCGCAGCGGGCUCCCCUCCCGCGAGGAUGCGUGUGCUGCGUCUGCCUUGCUGGUGAACGGGAGCGGGGGUGGCCGGCGUGUCGACAAGCCCCGUCUGACGUAUUUCAAGGACAGGGAUCUUUUCGGUCUAGUUUCUUUAAAAAAGGCUGAAAUACAAGAGGAUGCGAUUUUAAGCCUUCUUUUUUUUUUUUUAAAUUAAUUUUUAUUGGCGUAGAGUUGAUUUACAAUGUUCUGUUAGUUUCUGCAGUACGGCAAAGUGAAUCAGCUCUACGUAUACAUAUAUCCGCUCUCUUUUAGAUUCUUUUCCCAUAUAGGGCAUUGCAGAGUCUGAGUAGCGUUCCCUGUGCUGUGCAGCAGGUAUUGGGAUGGACGUACACAAACUACUAUAUAUAAACCCUCUUCUUGAAGCCAGCGCUUUCCCCAGCCCCUCUGGCCCUUGUGCAACAUCUCCUGAGUGUCACCUGAGCUGAAGGAGGAUCUUCCAGGCGGGGAUGGGGGAGGCCCUGGGGGGUGGAGGGUGGUUCUAGAAUGACUGUCCCCACCCGUCACCCACCCUUGCAGUCUUUGCAGUUUUGCAAAGCAGCCCGUUCUCCUUUUCUUCCUCUGUCCUUGUGUAUGAUUCUUCUCACUAUAAACUGGCCCAUUUCCCUGAUUUCUGUUGCCUGGUCGCCGUCAUUGUCAUUCCGAGGACCUAAACCUGCAGCGAUGUAGAUUGGCCUCCAUCCUGUGCCACCAGGGAAGGCUUCACACGCUCUCGGGGCAGGCUGCGCGGUCACCAUCCCUGCCCCCCCGCCAUGUGCUGCCCUAAGGAAAGACCCCCCCCGGAGGGCCAGCUGCCUGCCGUCCUUGCCAGCCUCCUCCUCCCAUUUCGGUCUCACCCUCCCGGGUCAGCACCCAGGUUAAGUGGGACGAUGCCAGCGUGGGCGAGAGGAGAGAGCUGGGCUCUGGUUGCGGGCCUUGCGGAAGGUCCAGCCCUGGGGCCGAGCAGCGCAGCUCGGCCCCCCCGUUCUGCUGCAACACCAGGAAUUCCUAAGAACCCCCAGGAAUAUUUACAAACUGCAUCAGCUUGGACUUCCUGCGUGAGUGUUACCAAAAGCCUUACCCAAGAAAAGAACCUGGUGAACAAGGAAAGGAACUUAUUGAUUGACGUGCUGAGCAGUCCGGGGGAGUGACAGCUUCAGGCCUGGCUGGACCCAGGGUUUGUGCCAUGUCAUUGGAACUUGUUUCUCUCUUCACCUGACCCUGUCUCUGUGUGCUGGCUUCCUCUUGUCACUCCAGUCUUGCAGACUCCCCAGUUCAGAUCCAGCAGGAGAUUAGCACAUGUGCCUUCCCGGUUUCUUCAGUACAGGCCCUGGAUUAGCUCAGUCGGGUCAUAUGCCCAUUUCUGAACCAGUUAGCUACUCUGCCCCGAGAUCCUCCAAAGAGGACCCCGGGGUGUUCUCAGAGUUAGGAAAAAUAGAUGGUGAGUUCUCCAAACAGGAACGGCCACUGCACACACCCUCAGGCCCUGGCCCGGGCCCAGGCUCUGGACGAUGGCUCCUUGGAUCUAAGUCCACGUUUCCUGGCAAUGCUACUGCAGGCCCUGGGCCUGCAAAGCACAUGCACAGACCUUUCCUCAACUUCCCACAGUGACAGCAACACCCAGGGACGUAUUAAUAAGACUCCAGGCUUGGGCCGAGGGAAGGGAACAAGGGCGCACUGCCCUCUUUCCCCGAAGGCUGCCGCCAUCUUUGUAUCUCCCACCCCCGGAAUCCAGAACCCCUCCCGCAGGCUCGGGGACAGAAUAACCCCUUCUCCCUCACCCCACCGAGGGCCACUUUUCUGUGAUGUAAAGUCACUCGACAUAAAGACAACCUUUUACACCACGAUGCGAAGCCACGUACGUCCUGCUUACCGUCUCCGACUCCUCUUCCAGAAGAGAGUCUUGGCCUUGUGGACCCAAAUCCCAGUGCUACGGUCCGAAUGUUUGCAUCCCCCCGCAAAUUCAUAUGGGAAAUCCUAAGCCCCCCAUGCGAUGGUGUCAGGGGGUGUGGCCUCUGGGAGGUCAUGAGGGCCUGGGGGUGGAGCCCCACGAAUGGGAUCGCUGUCCUUGUAAUAGAGGCCCCAGGCAGCCCCUGGCCCCUGUGCCACGUGAGGACCAAGCGAGAAGUCUCUGACCCAACCCAGAAGAGGCCCCUCCCCCGACCCUGCCCACAGCUGGUCUUGACUUCCAGCCUCCAGGGCUGUGAGCAGUGCUCUUUUGUUUAUGUGUCACCAGGUCUGUGGCAUCGGUAUUUUGUUACAACAGCCGGCACGUACGUAUUAAGACCCCCGUGAAGGUGUUUCUCCUAAACCAAAGGAAAAGUUUACGCUUCAAGGAGAAUUCAGUCCUUCACCUUCGGGAGAACCUGGAAAGAAAACAAAACAGCAGUAAAAGCUAUUUUUCGAGCCGAUGUGGCCCAGGUACGCUGAUGAGUAUUUCCCUAACUUGAGGACAGUUUUGAGGACGGCCGGUGAGUGGAUGGGUGCAUCCCGUGCGGGCAGCCCUCCCUGACCCUGUGGGUCUCAUCCCAGCGUUUGGCCCUCGUGGGUGGUGGCACGGAUGAGCUCAAGAGGACGUGGCCGUGGGUUCUGCAGCCGAGGGGUGACAGCUCACACAGUGCCGUCACCUUCUGGGCUGGCUGUCACCCAGGGUGACGGCCAGGCCCCUCGGUGCAGGUGUCGGCACCCCACGGGUGUCCCCCGGGGGGGACGUGCACCUUGCUGACACCCUGGGGAGGAGACAUCCUCCUGUCUGCCGCCCCCCUCCCCAGCCACGCACACCCUCCUGAGGCCGCGGCUCCUGCACCACGCGUGCUGGGAGUGGGGUGGAGGGUUUCUGCUCCAGGGAAGGGAGAUGGAGGGAGCGUGGGUACUGAGGAAGGCCAGUCGUGGGGUCAGCGGCGGGUCCUGAACAUCGUCCUGCAAGAGCCUCCUGCACUCAGGGACCCCGGGACCCUGGUGGCCGGUCAUCCAGGUAUAGCGUAGGGUCCCCCCCAGUUAAAAGAUAGUCACCAGAGCUUGGCUAAUGAGGAGCUAUGGGUUCCUGUCUGCAGCCCCAGCUCGUCGUGUGGGGUCCUGGCUCUUUUCUGAGACCCAAACGUAGACAAGCCCGCCCACCCCAGCUCCUGGAGCGGGCGGUGAAGCCUCAUGUCAAACCCAGAGCUAACUCGGAAUCUCCUGGGGUCGCUCCUGAGAGCAGACACUCACCAGUACCUUCUUCUCGGCUGGACGGUCGUACAAGCUUUGGCUGAAACAUUUCACUCAACAAUCAAAGCAGCCUGGGGGACCGCACGGAGACGUGAGUGUCACCGCAGCAUGAGCUACUGACGCAGCCAGACCCGCACCCAACUGGACGUUGCCCACCCCAGACAGCACUGGUCAACAAAUCUUUAUUUCGCUGGAAUUCUAAAGACAAAAGGAGAGAGUUUUUGAGAGAGCUAGUACAUCCCACGAGGUCAUUCCAUUAAAAGUCAAGGAAGAAAAAAAAUAAAACACCGUAUUCAGACCCUGGAACAUGCCGGAAGAAUGGGCGAAGGACAAGGGUGCGUCAUUUCCAAGGACCAGUCUACAUCCGAAAGGAAUUUAGCAGCGUUUGUUAUCCAAGACUGAAACCGAGCAGAAUUUUGACAGUAAGUCGGAGGUUAAAAUCGACUUUCUAAGGUUAGUGAGUGAGACUUCACAGACUUUCUGAAGGAUAAUUUAACAGGUUUCAAAGGCUCAAAUGUGUGCAUUUGGUUUCACAUACACACACACACACACAAUUCUGCUUCUGGCUAUUCUCGUUUUUCACAAAGAGGAGGCUGGGAAGGGAACUAUCUGGGGGUGCUGACUUGGGGAGCUCUGUCCCGCUGGCAGCGAGGCGGCAUAGCUACCACCAGGAGAUGGUACGGACCAUGCCCCAGGGACACGGAUCCACUGGGAGGCCCCCAUCCUUCCGAGGUCCACCCUCUCCACCUUGCCAGUCAGGGGCACCUUCCCAUCCUCACCAUCCUCUGUUUCCUCACCCAGGGCUCUUCGGAGGACCCCCUUGAGGGGCCCCCUUAGCCGCUGUCUCUGAAGGCCCCCAGUGAAAAAGUAAAUAGCAGGGUUAGCCGUGCUGUUGAUGCAGGAAAGGAGGAUGCAGACGUCGCUGAGAGUGUGAUUUUUCCUGUCAGCCACGAGCAACCUGAUGAUGCAGAGCGGCAGGCCAAAGAGAAAGAAGCGCAGGGCCGAGAGCAGAGGACCAGGGAGAGCUUUGGGGGCCGGUGUUGCUGGGCACUCGCCUGGGCUCGGAGGGGCAACAGCAGGCCGGACACGCCCAGGAUGGAGAACGGGAGGAAGACCCACGUGGUGGUGGCGGUCAUAAGUGCGGGACAGAACUUUGUCCUUGGGAUGAAUAACUGACCACAGGCAUGACCUCUCAGUACAUUAACCAAAAAGAUCGGAAUCCAGAGCAGGGCGCUCACGUUGCCUGACAGGCGCUUGGGGCAAUGUCACCGGAACCAAAUAGGGAAGAAGGAGGACAGACAGCGCUGGAAGCUGAUGGCGGUCAUGAUGCCCAGGCCAGUGAAGUAGAAGAAGAGCCUCAGGACCAUGAAGGUGUCAUGCAGGUGAAAGGGAUACCGAAGGAAAAGCUUCAGGAUUUGGCGGACAGAGAAUACAGUCUGGAAACAAAGGUUCAUGGAAUCCUCAACGGCCAGAUUGAGGCUGUAGGUGAAGAAGGCAUUUUUCUUGGCGGACAGAUGGACAAACCAGAUUACUAUUCCAUUUCCCACCAACCCACAAAGGGCCACAACCACAGUGAUGGACCAGAAGAUCAUGUGGUCAGUGUUCUCUGACCUUGGAGCCAGCGCUGUGGCAUCAGUGCUGGAAUGAUUGCGUGUCUUGCAGUACUGGUCCAUGGUGAGGAGAUCCGAGCUCAGCAGGACUCUGCUGGGUUCCUCUGAUCUGUGAUUCCUGGCACUCCUGGGGUGGGUGGGGGCAGUCAGAGAUGGAAAUACAGAACCUCAGGCAAGUAAGGUGGGCUCUUGUUCCUCCCCACUCUCCCUGUCUCUCUCUUCUCUUCGCUCUCCUCCUCCUUCUCUCCUUGCCCCCCUUCUUCCCUCAGUUUGUCUCUUUCUCUUCCCCUUCCUUCUACUUCCCACCCCCAAGCCCGGCCACAGAUGAACCAAGUACAGGUCCUUACUGUGGUUCUUGCCUCUCCCUAGAGGAUGAGAUAAGAGCUCAGCUUCAUCCUCAUGAGCUGGGCCCCUUGGGCAUCAGUACAGCUCGUUCAUUCAUCUCUGUACUCAACACGCUGAUUUGCUGGAUGUCCCCUCCAGCUUAGGAGCUGAGCAGAGCACAGGGUGGGGGAAGUUGGGGAGACCUGGUUUCUGCCCCCAAGGAACCCAGGGGAACAACCACUUACAGGACGGUGCGACUGGAGCUCUAGUACUCGGGGGAGUUGACCCUUGAAGACAUGGUAGACGUUACCAAGAAAGAUGAUACCCAAUGCGGAGAAACCACUUGAAGAAGGACCAGAGUCUUGGGGGAGCUUGUCCACUCAGGGUAGACCUCUUAGUAUGGUUAGGACCUGAAGAGCAGUUUGGGAUACAGGGGAGAGGACAUGGAUGAUGUAAAGGGGGGUGGAGGCAUCUGGUCUUCCUCCUUACUUAGGUCCAGGUGGCAGCCCAGAUGCACUGAUAUCUGUAGGGCGAGCUGUGCCUGAGUCCCUAGGAUAUCUCAUCUACUCCAUCUGCUUCAAUACCAUCCUGUGCUCAUGACUCAGAAAAGCGGGUCAGCCGCCUGAAGGUGCUCUGUGGGCUCCUAGGGCUGUGGGUUCUAAUGUCUCAGUGGCUGUGGGACAGAAGGAUGGCUCCUCUCAAAGACACCCGUGUCCUAAUCCCCAGAGUCUAUGACGAUUGAGAUAGGAGAGAGGGGAUGAAGGUGGCACAUGGAAUUAAGGCUGCUAUAACCAGCUGAACUUAAAAUAGGCAGAUUAUCCUGGGUCACUCAGGUGGGCCCCACAUGUAAUCACAAGGGUCCUUAUAAAAAGGCAGAGGAGGAGAGUCAGAGAAGGAGAUGUGAAGAGGGAAGCAGGGGAGGGGUGAUGUGAUGGUUGGCUUUGAAGAGCACAGUAGAGGCCACCGUCCAAGGAUGCAGGCCCCUCCAGAAGUUGAAAAAUGACCAGGGAACAGCUUCUCCCUUGAAGCCCUGGGAAGGAAUGUAGCCCUGUCCGCACCUUGAUUUUAGCCCAGUGAGACCCAUCUUGGGUUUUGAACCUCCAUAACUGUAAGGUCAUAAAUUUGUGGUGAUUUGCUACAGCAGCCGGAGGAAACUGUUACAUAAGGUCGCCCGUUCCGUGGUUGGGCUCAGGUUCCGUGAGGUCCUUUCUGCCCUUUGGGUUUCACACUUCUUCCCUUUCUCAUCCCUUGUUUCCAGCUUCCCCUUGUCUUUUACUCAGACCAAUUCAGCUCUUCUCCUUUUCUCAUCCCCCGGAUGCUGACGUUUUCCAGGUCACGUUUCUCGGCAUUCUGUUCUGUUGUAGUUAAACGACGCCCUUGAAUCUGAUCUCACCCAUUCACAUGGCGUUCUGUGCACCACUCGGUUCCCAAACACACCUCUUCGGCCUCCGUCUCUCUUCAGCCCUGACUUGCUCAUCAAACUGCCGACUAAUAACACCACGUAUGACACCACCCCCCAAACGUGUGCUCUCCACUGCGCUUCCUUAUUCCUACAAAGUACAUUGCCGCACAAAACCCAGUGCCCUAGAUAUGAAAUGUGGAAUCACUGCAGGGCCUCAGGGGCACUCUGGGGUCAGGCUGUUUGGGUUGGAUUCCUGCGCCUCCCACUGAUUAAUGAGUGCCUUUGUGUGAUGUACUCGGUCUGUGUACUCUAUAUAGUAGAUGCACGCUACUGUAUAUAAAAUAGAUGAACAACAAGGACCUACUGUAUAGCAUAGGGAACUAUACCCAGGGAACUAAUUAUCCAAGAUUAAUAAUUAUAGGUUAUUAAUCUUGUAAUAACCUAUAAUGGAAAAGAAUCUGAAAAAGAAUAUAUAUACAUAUGUAUAACUGAAUCACUUUGCUGUA